AUGAGGCCUGGCGACCGUGGAGCGGGAGAGGCGGCUGAUCCCCCGGUCCGGUGCCAUGAAAUGCUGACACAACGCAAGCAGGAACCCUGUUACCCCCCCUCCCCCCGGACCGUCGUGGGUGAUCGUGGUCCACACCUGAGAGACAAAUCGAGACUGGAGCAGGAACAGUGGGGAAAAGCGCGGGGAAGCAUGCAACAGGAUGCUGCACCCAACAUGGCGGACGCCACGCUUCCCCUUGAACCUAUAGACCCACAGUAUGGGACUCGGCAAAGAUUGGAAGCGCUCUUCGACAAUUUCUGGCACAAGCUGGAGGCUAAAAUGAUACCGACAGCCUCAACACUAAUAAGCGAGAGGCGUAAAAGCAACAAACAUGGCGCUACCAAGAGGGCUGCCGAGCCACAACCCAAACAGAGCAAUUCGGGCCUACCAGCACAAAACCGGAGGGAGGUCUGUAAACCCAAACCAGAAACCAAACCGGCAUCGCCCAUCAAAAAGGGGUACAAAGCUGCCACCCUGACUACCCGGCAUCCGUCUGGGCUGGGAGCCCAGCAGGGACUUACCCCAUGCCGUCCAUACACCCGUGGGGACACCCGGGAUAGGGAGAACGCGCGGGCCCCCGAGCCAACCACCGUGUCUGGAAGGCUCCAUGGACACAAGGCGAGGGCUCUCGCAAAGGCCCGGAGCCAGAGAUCAGGGAAAUCGAGCCGCAGCCGGAACACCCGAACAGUACGGCGAGUACAUUACCACAUAGAGACUCCAGCCAGGAGAAGCAAUAAAAAUCAAUGGACAUUGCCUCGGAGCACCACCUAUGACCUGUGGACACUACCUUUGAGCACCACCUAUGCUUCACUUGCAGGCACCAAGAACAUACCAACUAUGGGAGUCGGCUGA